CUCGUCUACCCCCUCUGCCGCGGCGGCAGCCUCGAGGACCGCCUCUACCGCGCUCCAGCCGCACUGCAGCGGCUCCGCAUGCUCGGCUUCGAGACGCCGCCUCCGCCGCUCUCCUCCGCCGCACGGCUCCGCGUGCUGCGCGACGCCGCGAGCGCGCUGCAUUACUUGCACACGCUCUCUCCGAUGAUCCUGCACCGCGAUGUUUCGGCGGGCAACAUCCUGCUCGACGAGCGCGGCAACGGCUACCUCGCCGACGUGGGCCUCGCGCGCGCGGCAGAGGCGACGGCCGGCGGCAACCAGCAGGUGUCGCACCUGUCGACGCAGCGUAUCUUUGGCAAGCCAGGCUACAUGGACCCGAUCAUCACGCAGGAUGGCCAGGCCAGCGUGCUGACCGACGGCUAUGCGCUCGGCAUCACGCUGCUCGUCGCCCUGACCGGCCGCGGCGCUCUG